CGCUGGUCUACAAUUCUAAAUUCUUGGGCUCUGCCCUUGAACACUGCCCAAGUUUCAUUAUAUAAAUCCUUUUUCGUCUCGGACAAGGCUGUUCUUGAAGUGAAUACUCUAGAUAUAAUUUCUCGCAACUUAAUGCAUUUUUCACUUUCAUCUAUCUUGUUAAUAUCAUUAUCAUGUUUUGUUAAUCGAUCAUUUUCAGACCAUGCAGAUACGAGUCUGGCAUGCAGUAAGAAAACAGUUCUUGAUCCGUCCGAGCGUCAAGGUUUCAUGACAAGCUAUUUGUUAGCUAUGGUCUCACUCACUGAAUCAGUUUCUAUGCAAAGUUAUGGAGCUGCUGAAAAUGGCACUGUUUUCGCAUUUGCAGAUUGCAGGAGAGAUCUGUCGAAAAAUGACUGCAUUCUUUGUGUUGAACACUGCAAAGUAAAGUUGCAUAGCUGCCUAUUUUUUCAGAGUGUGUUUCUUGGUGGUAGGGUUUAUAAUAACUUUGAUGGAUGCUUCUUAAGGUAUGAUGGUUAUCGGUUUUUCGGGGAGAUCUCGGAUGAUGAGGUGUUUUGUGCAGGGAAUGAGUUUGCGGGGAACAAGAGUUUGUUGAGAGAAAGUGUUGGUGAAUUAGUGAGGAAUUUGGGUGUGAAAGGGGCUAAAAAUGAAGGGUUUUCUGUAGGUAACUACAACAAGGGUGAUUUUCAGGUUUAUGGAUUGGUUCAGUGUUGGAGAUUUCUGAAUAAAACUGAUUGUGAAAAGUGUUUGGAGGGUUUGGUAGCAAAAGUUGGUUCUUGUCUGCCAAAAACUGAGGGAAGUGUUUUGAAUUCUGGAUGUUAUGUCAGGUACUCUACACACAAAUUCUAUCAUAAUUCAAGGACCACUGCUGCAUCAAUACAAACCAAAGGAGGAAGCAAACAUUUAACACUUGUUCUGGCUGGAAUUUCAGCUGGUAUAGCUUCUUUGAUGCUUGCAUCAACCACAUAUUUCUUUUUAAAGAAGCACAUGGAAAAACAAAGAAGAGAGAAAGAGCAAUAUGAUUAUUUGGCCUCUGUCACCGACUCCAAACUCAUUUUCUCCUAUGAAAUGCUUGAAAAGGCGACUAAAUACUUUCAUGAUUCCAAUAAGCUUGGAGAAGGGGGAUCAGGCCAUAUUUAUAAGGGAAGAUUACCAGACGGGAGGACAGUUGCUAUAAAGAGGAUAUUAUUCGACACAAAACAGUGGGCUGAACACUUAUUCAAUGAAGUAAAUCUGAUAAGUGGAAUCAAUCAUAAGAAUCAUGUCAAGCUUUUGGGUUACAGCGUUACCGGACCAGAAAGCCUUCUUGUUUAUGAGUACAUGCCCAACCAGAGCCUUCACGAUUACUUCUUUGGGAAAAAGAAUGUGGAAGCAUUAAAAUGGGACGUGAGAUACAAUAUACUAUUAGGAACAGCAGAGGGGUUGAUGUAUCUGCAUGAAGAUUCAAAUUUAAGGAUCAUACAUAGAGAUAUAAAGUUAAGCAACAUUCUUCUUGAUAAAGAAUUUACUCCCAAAAUUGCGGAUUUUGGGCUGGCUAGAUUAUUUCCUCAUGAUAAAACUCACCUCUCCUCUGCCAUUGCAGGAACACUCGGUUACAUGGCUCCAGAGUAUGUUUUUAGUGGCAGAUUGACGGAGAAGGCAGAUGUUUAUAGUUUUGGUGUCGUCGUUAUUGAAGUGGUGUGUGGACGUCAAAAUUAUGCCUUUUCUGAGAGCACAAUUCCACUCCUGGAAAUGGUUUGGAAUUCUUACCAAAAAGGCAAACUCUGUGAAGAAAUUGAUCCUGUGGUGAAGGCGAGUUUUCAAGAAGAUGCAGAAAGGGUGCUGAAGAUUGGUCUGCUUUGUGCUCAGGCAUCUGCAGAACUACGUCCGUCUAUGUCUAAAGUUGUUAAAAUGCUAAUGAAUAAUCAACAGCUACCUCAGCCAACACAGCCACCAUUUAUCAGUUCUCGUUAUGUUGAAAAAAUUCCGCUGAAAAUAUGAGCAAUUACAGAUAUUCGGUUCUAGUACUAUUUUUAUUUUUUAGUGGAUUUUAUUCAUGGUUAUUUACAGGAA